UAUGGCUAACAAUAAUAUAAAUAAUAUGGCCAAUAUUAAUAAUAAUAUUGCAAGUCGUUUGGGUUCAAGAAUAGGAACCAAUUCCAAUACAAUGCAACAGUCUAACAACGGCCUAUUUGGAAAUGGAAUGAACCAGGUAAACCGCAACCAACAUGGUUGCAGUAUUGCUUCGGAUUCACUACGUCUGGCAGAUCUUAUGAAUUUGGAUGCGAAUAGCUGCGUUAAUUUAAAUGUGGCCGAAGUGGCCAGAAAUGCGAUGAUCUUGUUAAGCACUAUUGUUCACAAGCCUAUGUUGGAUGUGGAUGUACAGCAGCAGCUGUCGAAUUUGCAGAAUAAAAACAUUGGGCUCGACAAUGAACCAGAUGGAGUCGACAUGAACAUUCGGCCACAAGCCACUGAAUUGCGAAUGUAUCAUCGGUUCAAGUAGACACCUCUUGACUGGCCAAUACCAAUUAUUUGUAUAUUUAAGUAAUUUUGAAAAUGACCGCAUAAGUUUCGUUCCAGGCGAAUGUCUACGAAUGCGCUCAAUGUGAAUAUUGCGUAGGCGUAUGUUUAUAAGAAGAAGAACGCGGCAACCGUUGUGAAUGUCAAUUUGUUGGCACACAAACACAUAGCCAAAUGACUGAAAGUAAAUGUAUUUUUUUUUUUGUUUUAUUAUUAUUAUUUUUGGCUGAUAAGAAAAGGCCGUGCCGCUUAUCAGUAAUGCACAACAAGAACUAAGCUGUCAGUAAAGAGAUGUAAACCGACAGCGAACAAAAAUAGAAACAAAACAGCGAUAAGUGACGGCGAAACGAAGCGAAUAUUCAUACACGAGAGUUGUGACGACUACGAACAAGCUGGAAWAUCAAUCAAUCAGUAAAUCUAAUAAAGAGUAGGAAAGUGGACGUAAAAUUUAAAAAACGUUCAAUGGCUACGGAUAACGCGUGUUCAUUAUGACAAAUACUCUUUAGUUUUUAUUCUACACAUAAUAAUAACCUCCAAUUUGCCAAAAUUGUACAUUACUCAAUGUAUGAGAAAAAUAAAAGCACAGAUAACUGUAAACAAAGAGUGGACCAAAAAGAAAUUUGUUUUUUUCAGCGUUAAAUGAACUGCAACAUAUUUUAGUUAA